ACAGGCUGGGUGUUACUCACCAGAAGCCUCGACAUUACGUUCGCCGCCGCUCGGGUGCUCUAAUUUCGGAAGUUAACCGCGACAGUCCAGCACGCCUGAGCACAUCAUCUCAGGAAUGCUUGAACGCAAUGAAGAACGCAACGAAGAUUGCACUAUCGGCUCUGAAACCUGCCCAAUGACAGCUCUUCUCAUUUUCCUGUCUCCGACGAAUGCUUCUAUCUGUCUUCGCACAGAUCGCAAGUUCGCUGCAUCGCGCCCGUUUUAAAAUUAUGUCCUGGCGCGGGACAUAUAUCUGUCGGUGGCGGAUCUAUCGCGACGAAGGCCUGCUCGUGUUGUACGAAUUUCCUUUCGUUGCAUGCCUGGCCUACCACGCUCCCACCCGCCCAUCUGCUUCGUUCGGGCACUGCACGCCCCCGGGUCUGUUCGCAGGAGCCCAAGCUCCAGACCCUCCUUCGACGCGCGCGAGGCAGCCUACUCAUCCGCAGCUGUAUUCAUCUCCGCAGUUGUUCCGAGCGAGCUGUUCUAUCUGCAUCCUUGACGGCAUGGUGGUAUGUAGAAUGCCGAUCGCUGCCCUCGUCUGCAGGCGUACGUUUCAAGCGUCCCGGGGAUCUCAUCUCGAGCAAUUGUCGGCCCCGAGUCGUGCAAGAGCCCUUCUCCCGCUGGCUUCGCUGGCCUGGGCUGGACGACGGUCUCCUCGAUCUCUGGGUAUCAUUGGCCUACGAAUGCCUCUGGCAUGACAUCACUUCUUCGUGGCUCCCGAUGCUGAUCCCAACAGACACAUUGAGCAGUGACGCUGGCUCUGCGGCAAUUCGACGCCUCGAUGAGCGCGCUGAUUCGCCGGGCUGCCCUAUCUGGCCCCGAGGUUCCCGCCAAGAUAUGCCCGAGACUGUGGCGGGAAGCUUCUGCUCCUUGUACCGUCAGGGUACCUGAAGUCCCAACAAUCUCGGAUGUUUGAGAACUGCGACCGUUUCGAUUUUCGAAAUCUUCGCUCCCCAUUUUAUAUUGGUCACGACUGCGUUUUGCUA